ACAGUCACUGGUGUGAGUAUAUGGGGCUCUGGAGGCAUAGGCAAGACCACUCUAGGCAAUGAAAUUUGUCGCCGACUUUGGGCCUAUUCCAAACACUGGCAGGUCAUCAAAGUUGAUCUCAGGGAGAAAGACUCGCUGGGGGAUUUGUUUAAGGACAUAAUUUUGGAACUGCAACAGAAAGAUGAUGGCAUGGACUCAUCAGAGGAUCUACAUAACAGCCUACAGGAUACCAUGGACAUAAAGCUGCAAGCAACCAUUUUAGACCAGCUCGGCAGAAUCAACCGCAGAACGAUCGUCAUGCUUGAUAAUGUUGACGACAUAAUUAACAAAAAUGAAAAAGAAUUUCUGCUCUUUGUCCAAAAACUUUUGAAGGAGUUACAGAAAAAAUGCAAGGUCAGGGUGAUCAUCACAAGCCGUGUAAACCUCCAGUGUGACACGUCUGGACCGACCAUAUCAGACUUGAGGGAGUUAAUGAGGCCGGUGAAGGUACAACAGUUAGAGACACACCACGCGAAGGAACUUAUCAGGAAGUGUACUCCAAAGGGUCUGGUGUCAGAUGACGAAUGUGACAGUCUUGUUAUCCUGACUGAUGGAAACCCCCUCGCUUUACGUACAAUAUGCAGUAUUCUGAAAAACUGCUUUAGACAAGUUAAACCAACUGAGGUGAUUGCACAUCUGAGGAGCGAUGCUGAAAAACUCUCUAUGGUUGGCAUGGAGAAAUGCCUUCGGGAGAGUUUUGACAGACUUGAAGAAAGCAUGAAGAAUAUUCUGAUGCAGCUGACCUUGUUUAAGACCUCAUCUUUUGACCUUCAGGCUGCCAAUGCUGUUAUAAAGGGAAACAAUGCCCCAAAGUCACAAGAUCAGAUGACAAAGAUGGAAGACAAUGCCCCAAAGUCACAAGAUCUGAUGACAAAGAUGAAUGUAUUCCGUUUGAAAAGCUGUCAUCUUAUUGAGGUCCAAGAUUUGACCAUUCAGACAGAAGGAGACGUGGUCCAGAACAGGAAGCCGAGACCUCCGGAAUUGGGAGACAGCAACAGAAGUGUACUUUACUCCCUUCACCCCUUGGUGUUUGAAUUUCUUUCCAAGCAGAAAAGUCAAUUUUCUGAUGUAAUGAGGUCUGCAAGAAUCAGGUUUUUUGAAUAUAUGGUAAGGAUUAUUACAAUAAUCGGAAAGGAACAAGAAAACUCUUUUUAUAAUGCUGAAUCUCAUUUGAGAGAGUACAAUGUGCACAUUAAUAGCUUUUUUGAAGUUAUCUCAGAAAUAAGAAGAGAUUCUGAUAUUAAGGCUGGAACCUUUAAUCUGGACACAUUAAACAGAAUUUCGGAGAUUGGAAGACGUACGCUUUCACAAAAAGGCCAGCUAGCCUGGCUUCGCUGGGUUACAGAAAGAGCUGAACGUAAUAAUGACAUUGAAAUGUGGUUCGAUUUCCAUGGCUACUACAUCCAGCUGUUGAUAGAAAUGGAUGACACUACAGGCAUACCCGCCAUUAUAAGUAAAACAGAGAAAAAGCUUGCUGAUGUAAUGAGCAGACCGAGGAGAUCGCAUCAAGCUAGUAUGAAAAAAGCACUAGGAAACUACUACUAUCGAAAGGCAUUGUACUUCAAAAAAGUUGAAAUACGUCAAAAGGUAUGGGACAACUUGGAAAAAGCUAGGGAGUAUUUAGAGGACUGUGGAAGUCUUGAACCAAGACACACAAUGAUACUUGCCAAUGUUUACAAUGACUUUGGUUGUUACUACUACCAGCAUGACAAUGAAAAAUGCAGGCUGUUUCAUGAAAAAGCAAUAGAAAAGGCAUCACACAGGAGACCUCCUGGUGUAGGAGAUGACCAUCCAGAUGUCGACCUGUUCAGGAAUAACCGUGCUGUUUGUUUGCUGAAGGAUGUAAUUGACAGGACUUUGGACCAGUCAUCCUGCGACAGGUAUAUCAACGAGGCACUAGAACAUUUCAGCAAUACAAUAGCAACAGGACGAAUGCGUGGCACGGAUAACACAGAAUCCCAUGCUUCAGCACUGAGAAACAGAUCUGUUUUGUAUCUUCAGUUAAAAAAGUAUGAGGAAGCAAGAUCUGAUGCUAAAAGAUGUCUGGAAGUACAAAAAAAGAUUGUGUGUGAACCACAUGUGGACUUGACAUUGAGUUAUAAUAAUGUGGCUCGUAUUCUGUAUAACUGGGGUGACCAGAUGAUGCGAGACCAUGAUACUGACCAGGGAAUGAGACUGCUCAAAGAAUCAGUCAAUUACUAUAAUCAAACAAUGCUGAAGAUAAAGAAUGGAGGGAUGGCCACAAGCCAUGCAGAAUAUGCUGACAUCAAGAAAUUCCAUGUGAAAGCUGUUGACAGAACAGACAAAGAUAGAAAACAGUUGUUACAGCAGGAAUACCUGCAGUUGGAAUGCCAGAUGAGUAGUGCAGACUACUCUGAUGAUGGCAUUUCACUAAACAGUGAUGAAGAGAUUUCAAGUGGUGAUGCACUAUCUACUGACCCGCAGACAAGCAGUUCUGAAGACGAACAGACAGACACAUUUCAGGAUGCACAGACAGAAACAUUAAAGGAGAUACCAGUAGAUGCUCAGAAGACUGUUGAUAACACCCCUAAUUUCACAGCUCCAGCGCCCAAGGCUAAAGGCAGAUAUGUUCACCAGGAUUCCGGCUAUGGUAGUAGUGUCAGUUCUAUCCGUAGUUCUACCUCACGCCAUUUGUCCCGACAAGAAUCGUUUGAGAUUCUUGAUAGACCAAGGAUGACAUCAAAUACGUCGGGAUCUUCAGAAGAUGUCUUUUCAAAACCAUCUAGUGAUGCAUCUUACAUAGAAAUGAAGGUAGACUUGUCUGAGGAUCUUACACGACCAAGGAUGCCAUCACACAGUUCAGGAUCUUUAGUCUCCCGAAGAAAACGUCUUUCCCGGGAUGUAUCUUUAGAAGAAUUGAUGGAAGAAAUACUUCCAAAGAAAAAGAAGAGGCAUCCCAAAGUAGAAGGAAGAAGCCAUUCUCAACAGGAAGUCGAGAACAAGGGAGAUAAUAGGAAGAAGAGGUUGUCCAGAGGCUAUAGUGACUCAGCUACACCCCAAACUACUGAAGGAUCAGACUGGAUAGUACCUGUUGAACAAGGCCAGGUUAUUACAGGUCAGAAUGAGCCUAUUACGUCAGCUCAUGUCCUAACAAAGGAAAAAAGUCAAGGUGACACAGUCGAUUCAUUUAAGCCAGUCCAAUUGACAGGGAAAACAAAGGGUCAGGGGGGCACUGAAAAUCCUGUAAUACCAGUCAAGGUCACAGAGGAGGAAAAAAGCCAAGAGGACACAGAGGAGAUAGGUUAAUCCUCUUUAAUGAAGCUAGCUGUCAAGAGGGACUUUUACAUUCUCAGAUGGUCAUGAAGUAGAGGGAGCAGCAUAAGGGGAGAUAUUUUUCAAAGGGAUGGCUAAUACUUUUGUCUUUUUGAAAUAUUUUAACCUUUGCAUGUAUACAGCUGAACUUCAUUAAAUUCAGCCAGCAUUAAUCUGAUUUUCACACUAUCAAGCCAGUGUUUGAUGGGUUAUCA